CCAAGAACGACAGACUCAAGUGGCGUAAGGUUGUCGGUGCUAGCGCUAGCGGCAUCCAUGCCUAGAUCCAGUAACAUCGAUAGUGUCUCGACGUUGUGCGAGGAGCAUGCGACCUGUAACGGAUUUCGUUUACCCACCGCUCGCGCUGGUGAGUCUAGCAGAAGACGAACGACUUCACGUUGCGCCGAUGAAUCCGUCUUCCAAUCGGGAGCGCGCCUUCUGGGGUAUGGACCUCGGGAAUGCAUGGUCGCAUCGAUCAAAUCACGGGGUUGGCGUAGGGCGGGCGUAGGACCGCAGCAAAUUUCGAGCAAGCCGCAUCCCUCUUCUACGAUGGGAGUGCCGCGGCGCCGCCCGUCAUAUGCCCUUCCGAGUUGGAUGUUUUGGUUGAAACCAUCGAGAGUGAUGUCGACCUUGGCCCCAGCUUUGAUGAGGGCAAUGGCCUCGUCGAAGAAUCCCCAGAGGCAUGCCUCCAUCAAGACGGUUUGCCCUUUUCCGAGAUCGUGGUUGAUAUCGGCUCCAUUGCGCAGCAAUACCUCCAGAGCCGCUUCGAAGUUCUUCGCAUCAGUCGCCUCCCAGAACGCCCUGAAAAGCAUCGUCGCACCUCUGAUUUCUGCAUUCUUGGCAUUGACAGCAUCUCUCUCCCAGCCUUGCUGCAAACACCACGCUGCAAGGUCCAUGUGGUCGUGACGAAUGGCGGAAAUGAACCUGGGGAGCACCUGCCAUGGCAUCGCAUUGAAGUUGAGAAGUCGUUCCUGGAGGUAUUCGCAAUGCUCCAUCAUCCGCUUAGCCACGCCAAUAUGUCCGUGGCACAAGGCAACAUGCA